GAAGGGGUUGUAAAGUAACUUUAGCCUUAGUUUACGUGGCAGCUGAGUCCCACCGCAGUCGUUCCCACCGCAGUCGUUCACACCGGCGCAACUGACAACAAGGUAGGCUCACACGAGUGCGGUACCAGCGGCUUCAAGGUGCUAACCCUCUUCGGCCAGGCAGAAAACUGGUUGUUCGCUUUCUCGAGAGUCAGAGUGUUAUUCAGUUUUCCCGAAGAGAGAGGGAGACUAUUAAAGUAUUAUAAUUAUGACUAUGAGGUCAAUCACAAGGUUAGGAAAAUGAAGUACUGAGGUGUGUACAGCUUUAUUGGCACAGCUGCUCGGAGUUUCCCCCUACUUUUCGUCGACUGCCGAAUCGACAACGCUUUGAACUGAAUAUUAUUGCAAGAGAAGAAAGACAGACACAUUGGUUGUGAAGACGUAUCCAAUACAAUGGGGACUUCCACUUUGCCGGAGAGACAGCCAAAAUACAAUUUUGAUAGUUUGCUAUUUGGAGGCGAUACUGCGACUGAAGAUGGUUUGGGUGUGUCGUCUAGAAACUCCAGUUUCAUUGAACCCAUUCGAAAUCUUAGCUCUACUGGAAGUCGACCUGGCAGUCUCAGGCUUGCAAAUAAUACUGCAUUUACUACACCUGCCACAAGAGCAAGACGUGCUGCUGCUGCUGCUGCUGCUGGAGUUGGUGCAGAUGCCAGUGGUUGCAGACUCCCAGUACCGGGCUCGAGGGCUUCGGGCACAAAUGUAUCAUUCCCAUCAUUAUCGGCGCGACCGGGAUCAAGUCGAACCCCAGGCCGGGGAGCUAUGGCCACUCCAGGAGCAGGUGUUCGCUCAACUAUUGUCGCGAUUGUGGAAGGCCGCGGUUUGGCACGUGGAGAAGUUGGCAUGACGAGCAUAGACCUCCGGCAAUCCGAGCUCGUGCUCAGCCAGUUUUCUGACAACCCAACAUACCCUAAAUUGAUGUCACGAUUGCAAGCUCUCAAUCCAGCUGAAAUCCUGCUGCCAAACACAGCGACUGACAGGGGCAACAUGUCGGCUCUUUUCAAAAUCCUGUCUGAGCAGUUUCCCCAUGCGUCAAUGACCACUGUGCAGCGUAAACACUUCAAUGAAACCAAAGGUUUACAGCACAUCAAGCAAUUGUGUGCAUCUGAUUUUCACACUGCACUGUUGGAAAUUACUGGGAAGUACUAUUGUUUAGCUACCGCUGCAGCGCUGCUCAAGUAUGUUGAGUUUGCCCAGAACAUGGUGUAUGCACCCAACUCGCUCAGGGUUGUCUUCAAGGCCAGUGAUCGAUCUACUAUGAUUGACUCAAUGACAGCAAGUCACUUGGAGCUGAUAACAAAUCAACGCAGUGCUAAGAGCGAUCAUUCUUUGUAUGGUGUUCUGAACUACACCAAAACAGCUGGAGGAGGACGCCUACUACGGUCUAACAUUCUACAACCACCAAACAACCAGGAUACUAUCACCUUGAGACUGGAUUGUGUUGAAGAGCUCACGGAGAAAGAGGAGGUAUUUCUCAACAUCCAGGGAUUACUGUCAAGAUUCCUGGACGUGGACCAUCUAAUAUCGAUGUUUGUUCAGAUUCCUAAGAGUGAGUCGGUCAAGACAGCAGAAAUGCGCAUUGCAGCAGUCAUUUAUCUGAAGCACACAUUGGAGCUGGUGGAACCGUUGCGUAGUGCUCUUGAGCAGUGUGCAAACCCUCUCUUCCGUGCCUACCAUAAGACACUAGAAGAUAAGCGGUUCACCCUUCUCUUGGAAAGGAUCCAAGAAGUUAUCCAUGACAGUACACAUUACCAGAAGGGCUCUCUGAACAUGCGUACACAGAAGUGUUUUGCUAUAAAACCACGAAUCAACGGUCUUCUUGACGUUGCACGCCGCACCUACACGGAGAUUGUUGAUGACAUUGCUGGCUUGAUCACCCAGCUGGCCGAGAAAUACAAUCUUCCACUGCGCACCGGGUACAAUGCAACACGUUCAUUCUUCAUACAGAUGCCUGCAUUGCCUGGCCUGUUGUCUGCUGCCAGUGCUAGAAGCAGUACUGCAAGUGUGAGAACUGCCACUGCCACUGCUAUGGCUACCAGUACUGGUACUGCUACUGGUGCUGCUACUGCACGCUCUACACCAUCCAAUCGAUCUGAGACUGGUGGCUUGCCAGCGGAGUUCAUCAAGGUGGUCAGGAGCAAAGCAACUAUCAGCUUCACUACCAAUGAUCUGAUUAAGCUGAAUGAUCGUGUCCGAGAGUCACUACAUGAAAUCUACCUCAUGACCAAUGUGGCCUUGAACGAGUUGCUGACAUUUGUACGUGAGCACAUAAGUUGCUUGUACAAUUUGAGUGAGUGUGUGUCCAUGGCUGACAUGCUGGUGUCUUUCUCACAUGCCUGCACACUUUCCGACUAUGUUCGUCCAGAGUUCACAAACACACUUGCACUGAAACAGGCACGCCAUCCUAUCCUGGAUAAAAUAUCUAAUGAGCCGCCCGUGCCAAACAACACGUAUGCUGCAGAUGGCUGUCACUUCCACAUAGUCACUGGACCCAAUAUGAGUGGCAAGUCAACAUACUUGAAGCAGAUAAUGCUCUGCCAAAUCAUGGCCCAGAUCGGGUGCUUUGUUCCUGCUCAAUAUGCGUCAUUUCGUCUCUGUAAGCAGCUCUUCAGCCGUAUGGGCUGCAGAGAUGAUGUUGAGACCAAUGCAUCAACUUUCAUGCUGGAGAUGAGAGAAGCACACUACAUCCUACAGGAGGCAAGUGAAGGUUGUCUUGUGAUUAUCGAUGAGCUGGGAAGAGGUACUAGUUCCGAGGAAGGUAUGGGAAUAUGCCAUGCAAUUUGUGAAGAAUUAAUUGCUAAGAAGACAUUCACUUUCUUUGCCACUCAUUUCCUGGAGCUGACUCAGCUGGAGGGCUUGUAUCCCAGUGCUAUCAAUUACCACAUGGAUGUUCAGCAUGUGACAGGACCAAGCGGGGAUGACAAGAUUCAUUACACACACCAACUGAGGCAGGGAAAGAUGCAGGAGAAGCAGUACGGAAUCAAGAUUGCCGAGAUGUCCACUUUACCAACUGCUAUCACUUCCUCAGCAAGGCAACUCCAUGAGAAGAUGCAGCAGUACCAGGUCCGGUCUCACAACUCGAGGGAGCGCAGCACAAAACGAGCUGUCCACACACUGGCCACGUGUUUGCUGCAAGCUGCACGCAACUCUCGCCUCAAUCCAGAAAGUCUGCAGACUUAUCUGCAGCAGUUGAAAGUACGCUAUAUGAAGGAAGUUGAGCUACAGGAUGCAGAGGAAUAGAAGAAUAGCUCUCAGUGAGUUAUGGCUUGCAGGCAGAGCUGCAUUUGUUGUCAAUAACAUUUACAAAUUAUAGGUACAAAUUUGUUCUUUUCUAGUAUCUAUGAUGGGUGAUAUGCAUAUUAUUAUUCAAUACACAUACAUACCUGCACAUUUGAUUCAUACUAUGGCAUUUCAAAAACAGCUGUUAAAGUAACAUAGAUACACAGUACAUCUUUAGGUAGGUAGGAAAGUAGCUUAGUUCUCAAUACUCAUUUCCAUUUAGCACACACUAUUGUAAGACUGCAAGGGUCAUCUUGUGUGGUAUGGCACUGCAGCUUCCAGCAUUUAGUGGCUGUCCGCUCACACUGGCUGUCCGCUUGUGCGACGAGAACGAUCCUCUGUACUUGCUGCUGCUGCUGCCUUCUUAUCUCUUCUCUUCACACGAAAUUGUGGUGCAGUCUUGCUGACACCAAGUAGUUUUGCAAGAGUUUGACAAGCAUUCAGACUCUGAAAAGGCAAGAACAGCAAAUUUGUUUUUAGAGAAA